CUUCAUCAGUGCACGUUUCUGAGCUGCAGAAUAAACUUUAUUUAGCCUCUUACCAAAGAGGCUUGUGGUUUUUCAGCUGAGCAACACAGCCUGCAAAUAUUUAAAUAAUAAGGAAAUGACCUAGAGGCCUUACAAAUACAUUCGUGCAUUUUUGUUCUGAGUCUGCAAUUGAGGGCAAACGCAGUCUGGAAGCACCACUUCUUAAUGUUACAACAGAAACAACUACCUCAACAAACAGGGAAAGGGGAAGAAGACUUGCAAUAACAAACACUUUAGUUUUUAAUAGCUUAUAUUUGCAAAGUCUUCUGUAAACAGUCCAGAUUUUUUUCCCCCCUCCAAUAUUAAGAAGAGACACUACAAGUAAACUGAGUUGGCAGACUGGAUCUGUCAAGACAUUUGAAGAUAUUUGAUCUGCUGACAUAAGGAUUUGCUUUUUCAAGGAAAGAGCCUCUGCACUGCUUUUAUAAUCGCUGUUGAUCGGUGGUUUGCUCCACUUUUCCUGAUACUACUAAUGGGAGAAUUGUAUUAAGGUAUUGCUUCUAAACCUAUUAUUUGCAUUGACAAAAUUAACUUUUGUAGAUGGAACAGCAAGCGACAACGUUAUGCUCGUGAAGAACUUGUAGGCGACCGCUUCUCUGCUCCAGUUGCCUUUUCUGCGUGCAGAGGGGGUACCACACAAGAGACAGAGCUUUAUUAAGAUACUUGGGCUUGCUUUUUGAGUACAGUUUAUAACUGCAGCAGGGCUGCGCCGAACACUGAAAACACAGAGUCAGCAAUUCUGCUGCCAUUCCCACUGCUGAUACAGAUUAUAGAGAUGCUUGCCUUUCUGAAAUGCCUUUUGUGAAACCUAUGUACACAGUCCUGCAUUGUUACUGUACAUAGAUACUCGAGGAAGGAAUUUGACAAGUGAUUGUUAAUUCAAGAACUCUCUGGACAAGCACUCACUUAUGUAUUGCUGCAGUGCACAAGAAAGCAAAAUGGACUAUAAGCGGCGCUUUUUGCUUGGCGGGUCCAAGCAGAAAGUGCAGCAACACCAGCAGUAUCAAAUGCCCGAGCUGGGCAGGACCCUGAGCGCCCCGCUGGCCUCGGCCGCCCCCAGCACCCCCCUGGUGUCCCCGGCUGCUGCGGGCGGCUGCUCCCACCCCGCCUCCCACACGACUCCCAUCGCAGACAUCCAGCAGGGAAUCUCCAAGUACCUGGAUGCGCUCAACGUGUUUUGCCGUACGAGCACUUUCCUUACAGACCUUUUCAGCAGCGUGUUUAGGAACUCGCACUACUCUAAGGCAGCUAUGCAACUGAAAGACGUGCAGGAACAUGUCAUGGAAGCGGCGAGUCGACUCACAGCAGCAAUAAAACCAGAAAUAGCAAAAAUGCUGAUGGAACUGAGUGCGGGAGCUGCAAACUUCAAAGAUCAAAAAGAGUUCAGCCUACAAGACAUUGAGGUACUUGGGCGAUGUUUUUUGACAGUGAUGCAGGUCCACUUCCAAUUCCUGUCACAGGCUUUGCAGAAAGUCCAGCCAGUGGCACACUCCUGCUUUGCUGAAGCUGUAGCUCAGGAGAGGAAGAAUGUUAGUGGGACUGGAGCCUCAAAUAUAAGCCCCACAAAUGAGCUGGAAGAUGCAAUAAGAUCAUGGAGAGGAGCAGCAGAGGCCACAUCUCGACUGCGAGAAAGAGGCUGUGAUGGAUGUUUGGCAGGAAUUGAAGUUCAGCAACUUUUCUGCUCACAGACAGUGGCCAUCCCUGAACAUCAGCUCAAAGAACUAAACAUGAAAAUUGACAGUGCUUUGCAGGCUUACAAAGUGGCUCUGGAGAGCUUGGGUCAUUGUGAAUAUGCAAUGAAGGCUGGCUUCCACUUGAAUCCAAAAGCAAUUGAAGCAAGUCUUCAGGGCUGUUGCAGUGAAGCUGAAGCCCAGCAGACAGGAAGGAGACAGACUCCACCUCAGCCCAUUCAGUGUGAGCUGCCCACUGUCCCUGUCCAGAUAGGAUCUCAUUUUCUGAAAGGAAUCUCCUUCAAUGAGUCUGCAGCAGAAAACCUGAAGCUAAAAACGCACACAAUGCUGCAGUUGAUCAAGGAAGCCGGAUGCCAUAAUGGACUCACACCCCGGGAUGACUCUCCCGUGACCGAAGUACUGAACCAGGUCUGCCCUUCCACGUGGAGAGGAGCCUGCAAAACUGCUGUGCAGCUGUUGUUUGGCCAGGCUGGACUGGUGGUUGUGGACACGGCACAGAUUGAAAAUAAAGAAGCCUAUGCUCCUCAGAUAAGUUUAGAAGGAUCAAGAAUUGUGGUGCAAGUUCCAUCAACUUGGUGUCUGAAAGAAGAUCCAGCAACAAUGUCUUUGCUACAGAGGAGUCUUGAUCCAGAGAAGACUUUGGGGCUGGUGGAUGUGCUCUAUACUGCUGUGUUUGAUGUACACAGGUGGAAGGAAGGAAGGGAGCAAGCUUUGCCUUGUAUUCAGAUCCAGUUACAGCGUGAGAUCUCAGACUUUGGGAGCCAAGCUGACAUGCCGUCGGGGAACGGAAGCAAAUCUUCAGGGGGUCUGCAAAAGACAUUCUCAAAACUGACUUCACGGUUUACAAAAAAAACUUCCUGCACCAGUACGAGUAACACAGGAAGUUACUCAAUCCCCAAUACACCUUCCAAAAAUGUCUUUAUAAGUUCCAGCUCAGAGGAGAAAGCUAAAAUGCCCACUAACAUGGACGCACGGUUGCAGAACAUCCUGAACAUUGGUAACUUCCCUCGGACCGCGGACGCUCUGCAGCCGGUUCAGAGCACCAAUAACCAGCUUGUCAAUGGGUUUCUGGUGGAAAGACGGGACAGCUUCUUCAAACCAGAUGAUGGCAAGGAUGACAAAGGUAUGAAUUUACCAACUGACCAAGAAAUGCAGGAUGUUAUAGAUUUCUUGUCUGGUUUUAACAUGGGCAAGUCCCAGCAGACUUCUCCGAUGGUGAAAAGAAGGAACUCUGUUGCAUCCUCAACAGCAACAGAACAAAAGUCAGGAGCAGUUCAACAGCAGCCACAGUCUGUGUCUCACACCCCACUGCAUCCUCCUCAGCAAGGCUUGUCCCAGCAGCAGUCCCAAAAGCAGCAGCAGCAAAUGCAGUAUUACCAACACUUGCUUCAACCUAUUGGACCACAGCAACGUAUACCUGCCAAAUGGCUCAGUAAUUCUUCACAGCAGCAAGCCCCGGCUGUUGGAGCUGGAUUGUCUCAUAUAAAUCAGUGGAACAAUCCUGGUUUUUCAGAUUUAAGCUCUGAUUUGUACAGCUUGGGCCUUGUGAGCAGCUAUAUGGACAAUAUGAUGGCAGAGAUGUUAGGACAGAAACCACAAGGACCUAGAAACAACACAUGGCCAAAUCGUGACCAAACUGAUGGAGUGUUUGGGAUGUUGGGAGAAAUCCUGCCUUUUGACCCUGCAGUUGGCUCUGAUCCAGAGUUUGCCCGCUAUGUUGCCGGGGUGAACCAGGCUAUGCAACAGAAGAGGCAAGCACAGCACGUCCGGCGUCCGAGCACCACGCGUGGCAACUGGCCUCUUCCUGAUGAUCCUCACAAAACCUGGCCCUUUCCCGAGUAUUUCACCGAGGGUGAUGUGACAAACAGCUGGUCUGGUACUCAAGGAGACUCUGCCAGCUCAAGUGAUGAAACCUCCUCAGCUAACGGAGACAGUUUGUUCUCCAUGUUCUCAGGGCCAGACCUUGUUGCUGCUGUAAAGCAGAGGAGAAAACACAGCAGUGGUGAACAGGAACCCAGCACACUGCCAUCACCUCCACUUCUCUCUGCAGCAGAUGACCGCAGUCAGGAUAACAAGACCAAAACCUGGCCUCCCAAGGCCCCGUGGCAGCACACAUCCUCUGUGCCCAGCACGCUGCCCAGCCAGAGCACGUCCCUGUACCCCAUGAGCAGCCCCGUGAGCCAGUGGAGCGACACCAUGCAGAUGCUCCAGUCGCCCAUGUGGGCCAGCGACUGCGCGCCGGCGGCCGGCAUCUCCUCCAGCUUCACCUACGCGCAGCAGCAGCAGCAGUCCCAACAGGCUUCCCAGCACAAACAGAUCAACAAGGGCUUUAAAUCCUUCCCAGUGAAGCACGAACGCAGACCAUCUUACCUGCACCAGUACUGACUGCUUUUCAUACUGGAAAAUGCAGCACAGGGCCAAAUGAAAAUCACAUUACUUUGAUUCACAGUGCUGUGUUGGCUAUAUCCUGUAUCUCUCUUGAUGUGGGAUUGAGGGGGUUUAGGGGAGAUAGACAAACUCUUGGAUUCUGAGUUACAGUGCUGAGCAAAUAUGGCCAAUAUGUUUGGUGUACAUGAAACAGCCCAAAACUGUGAUGUAGAAAUGCUUUUAAAAAUGCGUAAUUGCCUUUACUUUCAUUUUUUUUUCUAAAAAGAACUGCUGAAGGACUACCAUACAAGAAACACUGUAUUUUAUAGCUAUUUUUCAUAUAGAUAUAUAGUUAAAACAUCUUACUGAAACACACUGAAUAUGUUGAAGCAAAUAUAUAGUGGUCACUUUGCUCAACACUGUGUUUAAAUUUAUAAAGGAUAAGCUGUAGAGCCUUUGUAUUCUCCAUUACAGCCUGUGGGCAGCCUUUUUAAAAUGAAGUGCAACAGCAGCUUGUCCUGUGCCACACAAGCGAGUUCAUUUGGGAACUGCUGCAGAAACAGUUGCAAAACCGAGUUUUGUGGCAGUUUCCUUACUUUAGCUCAAGAUCAGCAGAACCACUCAGCCUUGUGUCGCCAAUGUUACCUGAGCUGCUUGAUGUAGAUGGCACCUGUGUGGGCAGUGGGACCCUGGCUGUCACACACCUGUGUGCGCGCAGUGGGACCCUGGCUGUCACACACCUGUGUGGGCGCAGUGGGACCCUGGCUGUCACACACCUGUGUGGGUGCACUGGGACCCUGGCUGUCACACACCUGUGUGGGCGUAGUGGGACCCUGGCUGUCACACACCUGUGUGGGUGCACUGGGACCCUGGCUGUCACACACCUGUGUGCGGGCAGUGGGACCCUGGCUGUCACACACCUGUGUGGGCGCAGUGGGACCCUGGCUGUCACACACCUGUGUGGGCAGUGGGACCCUGGCUGUCACACACCUGUGUGCGCGCAGUGGGACCCUGGCUGUCACACACCUGUGUGGGCAGUGGGACCCUGGCUGUCACACACCUGUGUGCGCGCAGUGGGACCCUGGCUGUCACACACCUGUGUGGGCGCAGUGGGACCCUGGCUGUCACACACCUGUGUGUCGGCAGUGGGACCCUGGCUGUCACACACCUGUGUGGAUGCACUGGGACCCUGGCUGUCACACACCUGUGUGCGCGCAGUGGGACCCUGGCUGUCACACACCUGUGUGGGCGCAGUGGGA